AUGACCCGUACCGAACCCAACCGGAGCCGGAGCUCCAAUUCCAAUUCCGCAGAUUCCGGCGACGGAGGCGGCGGUGGAGGAACCACCGCGAUGAGGGUUAUCGUUCCGUUACAAGGCGUGGUACAGGGUCGUGGCGGGUUGUUCUUAGGUUCUGUGAUUCCUUGUGCGUUCUUCUACUUUCUCCAGUUCUACCUAAAACGAAAUCGUAAAGACGAACCCGGUUCCGGCGACCAAAACUCCGCGUCGUCUCCGAAUUCGGAUUCUAACUCGGGUUUUCGAGACCCGACCCGGUCACAAUCCGCUGGACACCUCACGGAGCUUACUGGUUUGCCUCGUUCUCUCUCCCGGAUCCUCCUCUCGCCGAGAAAUUCCGGUGGAGCUGUUUCGGUUUCGGGUCGGGCUAGUUGUGUAAUCAAGGGAGAGGAUUCGCCUUACUACGUGGGUCAAAAACGGGUCGAAGAGGAUCCGUAUGACGAGUCGGGUAACCCGGACGGAGUCAUCGAACUUGGUUUAGCUCAGAACAACAAGUUGAGUUUGGAGGAUGAUUUGGUUUCGGAGAAUCCAAGAGAAGAAAUUUUAGAUGGAUUGAGUAUUAGUGGCAUUGCGUCUUACGAGCCUUCUGAUGGACUUAUGGAACUAAAAAUGGCUAUUGCAGGGUUCAUGUCUGAAGCAACCAAGAACUCGGUUUCUUUCGAUCCAUCACAGUUAGUGUUAACCUCUGGUGCAUCAUCCGCCAUGGAGAUUCUCUCCUUCUGCUUAGCUGAUUCAGGAAACGCCUUCCUUGUUCCAACUCCGUGUUCCCCAGGAUACGAUAGGGAUGUGAAAUGGCGAACGGGAGUGGAGAUCAUACACGUUCCUUGUAGAAGCGCCGAUAACUUCAACAUAUCGAUGCUGGUUCUUGAUCGAGCAUUCUAUCAAGCCAAGAAACGAGGCGUGAGAAUCCGCGGCAUCAUCAUCUCGAACCCUUCGAACCCCAUGGGAAGCUUGCUGAGCAGAGAGAAUCUCUACGCUCUUUUGGACUUUGCCCGGGAGAGGAACAUUCACAUCAUCUCAAACGAGAUCUUCGCUGGUUCCGUCCACGGAGGAGAAGAGGAAGGAGGAGGAGAGUUUGUUAGCAUGGCUGAGAUUGUUGACACGGAAGAGAACAUAGACAGAGAAAGAGUUCAUAUCAUCUAUGACCUCUCGAAAGACCUGUCUUUCCCCGGACUCAGAUCCGCCGCUAUCUACUCCUUCAACGAGACUGUUUUGUCAGCUUCGAGAAAGCUCACGACGCUCUCUCCGGUCUCAUCUCCGUCCCAGCAUCUGCUUAUUUCCGCAAUCUCUAGUCCCAGGUUUGUUCAAAGAACUGUGAAAGCCAACAGGCAGAGAUUGCAAAGGAUCUACACAGAGCUUGUCAAGGGGUUGAAAGAGUUUGGGAUCGAGUGCACGAGAAGCAACGGAGGGUUCUUCUGCUGGGCUGAUAUGCGAGGGUUGAUUUCAUCUUACAGCGAGAAAGGAGAGGUUGAGCUGUGGAACAAGCUCUUGAACACUGGCAAGAUCAAUGUCAUGCCAGGUUCUUGUUGCCAUUGCAUUGAACCGGGAUGGUUCAGGCUCUGUUUCAGCAAUUUGUCUGAGAGAGAUGUGCCUGUAGUUAUGAACCGCAUUAGAAAAGUCCGUGAAACAUGUAAAUCUCAAAAUUGA